AUGGGUUCUCGAAAUCAGACUAAGAAGCAUACCAAGGAUGUUCUAGAUCAAGUGACAGAGCUAGAGCCGACUGAUGUCGAUUCAAUUGACCCUAGUCACGAGAAAGCUCUGGUGCGGCGACUGGAUGCGAUAUUCCUGGUUGUGGGAUUUCUGGGAUACACAUUCAAGUACCUCGAUCAGACCAACAUCAGCAAUGCAUAUGUGUCUGGUAUGCAAACGGAUUUGAAACUCUAUGGAAAUGAGCUAAAUUACUUCACCACGUUCUUUAACAUUGGUUAUAUGGUAAUGCUAUAUCCCUCAUGUAUUAUAAUAUCGCACAUUGGUCCAGCGAUCUGGCUGCCUACAUGUGAAGUUCUUUGGGGAGUUUUCACCUGCUGCCUGUCCACUGCCACAUCUGCGAAGCAGGUCUAUGGUCUUCGCUUCCUCAUAGGCUUUUGUGAAGGUGCUACCUGGCCGGGAUACUUUACUAUUAUCAGUCAAUGGUAUCUUCCGCAUGAGAUGGCGUUGCGUAUGAGUCUUUAUAACAUGGCUCAGCCAGUUGGUGCCAUGCUUUCUGGGGCACUUCAAGGGGCACUUUCGACGAAUCUGAAUGGUACGCUCGGGAGAAGUGGAUGGCAAUGGGCGUUUUUGAUCAAUGGGAUAUGCACGAUCACUGUUGCGCUUCUCGCCUACAUAGCAGUGCCAGGAUUUCCGGAGCGGCAGAACCCGCUUUCUAGGAUCUAUCUCAAAACUCGACAUAUCGAAACUGCUCUUGCGCGUACUCGACGAGUCGGCCGAAGCCCGCAGGUCGGGAUCACGCCUAAAACCUUCCUCCGCGCCUUGAAGUUCUGGCAUCUUUGGUUGUUCUCAAUUGCAUGGUGUAUCGGCACGGGGACAACUCCAACGAGCUAUUUUAACCUCUGGCUCAAAUCCCUGAAGAAUGCCGACGGAACAAACAAAUACUCAGUUGCCAUGUUGAAUUACCUGCCCAUUAUCGGCCAGGCUAUACAGCUCGUCGCUGAGAUCCUCUUCAGUGGUCUCAGUGAUUUCUUCGGCACCAGACUCCCCUUUCUACUUUUGCAUGCUGCGAUUAACAUCACAUCCCUCAUAAUUCUGGUCAUUCGCCCAAGCAACGAGACUGCCUACAUGGUUGGCUGUGUCUCCACCAUGCUCCUAUGUGCAUGGGCGACUGCCCAUCUAGAGACCGAACCUCAAGUGCGAACAGUCCUUUUCGCGACCGGCACACUCUUUUCGUAUCUCCUCAGUGCCUUUCUCCCCAUUGCCGCCUACCCUGCCGACGAAGCCCCUCAUUGGCGCAUUGGAGCCAAACUCUAUCUGGCUCUUUCAAUUCUAGCGGCUAUACUUUUCGUCGCUAUUUAUCUUGCUUUCAGGUGGGAGAAGCGCACGAAAAUCACGAGAGAAGGGGAUCUGCAAUCCGGUCGGGAGCAUGUUAAGCAACAAGAAAGGGUCUCCCAAAUCUGAGAAUCAUGUCUGAGACUACUGAAGCAGAUCCUUUGCUAAAUUCCUAGCUAGGUGAGUCGUAUAGCGUAUUUCAGUCCACUUGCCCUGUCAUCAUUACACUAUGCUGCGGAAGAUGGCUGUCAAGG